AUGCCUUCCGAUGCAAAAAAGAAGAGAGAUGCAAAGAAGAAAGAAGCCGCAAAGUCUCGUGGAGGGAAAAAGAAUUUGCAGCAAGAUGACGACCCAGAAUUAAAGGGUGAAAACGGAGAGACAGAGAAUGGUGAUGGCACAGCAGAUGACUCUUCAGUGGCUGCACUCAUGGAUGAACUUGCCCUUGCUGCUAAACAUCGGUCAGUCACCGGAGUCUUAGCUUCUCAUCCUGACAGUCGUGACGUCCACAUUCAUAACUUGUCUAUAUUAUUUCACGGGGCUGAACUACUGAUGGACUCGACACUUGAACUCAAUGUUGGUCGCAGAUAUGGUCUGAUAGGGUUGAAUGGCUGUGGAAAAUCAUCUCUUCUGGCUGCCUUGGCCGCAAGGGAAGUUCCGAUCCCUGAACAUGUUGAUACAUUCUUGUUGAGAAGAGAGAUGCCUCCCAGUGAUAAAACCGCCCUCAUGGCUGUAGUUGAAGUGGAUGAUGCCAGGCGCCAUCUUGAGAAAGAGGCAGAGGAAUUGGCCCACAACACAGACCCAGAGGCACAUGAGAGGCUUAUGGAUGUUUAUGCGAGGCUUGAUGACCUAGAUGCUACCAAAGCUGAAGCUAAGGCCGGAUACAUACUUCAUGGGUUGGGAUUCAGCAGAGCCAUGCAACACACAAAGGUCAAAGACUUUUCUGGAGGAUGGAGGAUGCGCAUAGCUUUGGCCCGUGCACUCUUUUUGCGGCCCUCUUUGAUGUUGCUAGAUGAGCCGACAAAUCAUUUGGACCUCAAUGCUUGUGUGUGGUUGGAGGAAGAACUCAAGACAUACCCACGUAUUCUUGUGGUUGUAUCUCACUCACAAGACUUCCUGAACGGUGUGUGUACAAACAUUAUACACAUGAAUCUGAAGAAGCUCAAUUACUUUGGUGGUAACUACGACACCUAUGUACAGACAAGAUACGAGCUUGAGGAGAAUCAAAUGAAAAAAUAUAAGUGGGAGCAGGAUCAGAUUGCACAUAUGAAGAACUAUAUAGCACGGUUUGGUCAUGGUAGUGCUAAACUGGCAAGGCAAGCCCAAAGUAAAGAGAAGACAUUGAAGAAAAUGGUUGAUGGUGGCCUGACAGAAAGGAUUUCUGCAGACAAGACUGUCUCUCUCUACUUCCCAAGCUGUGGGGAAAUACCUCCGCCUGUAAUUAUGGUUCAGAAUGUGAGCUUCAGGUAUUCCGAAAGCCAGAAAUACAUUUACAAGGAUCUGGAUUUUGGUAUUGACUUAGACACUCGUGUGGCCUUGGUGGGUCCCAAUGGUGCAGGCAAAUCUACACUUCUGAAACUCAUUACAGGAGAGCUAAUUCCGACAGAUGGACUUAUUCGCAGACACUCACAUCUCAAAAUUGGGAGGUACCAUCAGCAUUUGGGCGAUCAACUGGACCUGGAUUUGUCUGCCCUGGAGUACAUGAUGAAAUGUUAUCCUGAUGUCAAAGAGAAAGAGGAAAUGAGGAAAAUCAUUGGUCGUUUUGGUUUGACAGGCUUGCAGCAGGUGUGUCCAAUCAGAAACUUGUCUGAUGGCCAGCGAUGCCGUGUGACAUUUGCCUGGUUGGCUUGGCAGUGUCCACAUCUGUUGCUGUUGGACGAGCCUACAAAUCAUUUGGACAUAGAGACAAUUGAUGCUCUGGCAGAUGCUAUCAAUGAUUUUGAGGGUGGCAUGAUCCUUGUCAGCCACGACUUCAGACUGAUCUCACAGGUGACAGAGGAAAUUUGGGUGUGUGAAAAGGGAGCAGUAACAAAAUGGGAAGGUGACAUUUUCUCAUACAAAGAGCACUUAAUCAAGGAGACUCAGAAAGAAAAUUGCAAGCUGAAGGGAUAA